GUUUUUAUCUAAGAUAUCCAUGGCAGAAGAAGGUUACUGAAGAGACAUGGUGAAGGGAUCAACAUUCAUUUGAAGAGAUUCCUGUUCAGCUGAUGAACCAACCCAAAGCCCUUGUUGACAGACAUUUGCAACAUAAUAUUCAAGACACUGAUGAAAGUAGUUUAAAAUCCUGCUUCUCUGGACUAAAAGAAGACAGAAAAUGGCAAGUCUUAUUCAUCAGCUUCUGUCAGUUGCGGUUGUUCUUGAUGCUGUUCAACUCAUCAGUGGUUACAGCUUUAACAACUGCAUUGAAGACCAGAACAAAGAAAAAACUUUCAAUUGCAUCGAAAGAAGGACCAACAACAUCUCGGCUAUUGUAAACGACCUGCCGUCAUCUACCAUUAAUCUCAACAUCUCUUUUAGUCGUGUGAGCCACAUUCCCAACAAGACCUUUGUUAACCUACCAAACCUUCAAAGCCUCAGACUGGAUCAUAAUCACCUGACGACCAUCGACCCAUUUGCUUUCAAGGACUUAACUCAACUUACGCAUCUAAAUCUGACCUCCAACAACCUUUCAGAGCUCAACCCUUCUCUGUUUAAGGAUCUGCACAGCCUUGUCUUUCUCUCACUGGUGAACAAUACACUAAAGCAGCUUCCUGAGGGCAUUUUUCUUAAUGUUCCCAAUCUUGACACUUUACUCAUAAGGCAAAACUUUCUGACGAAUUUCUCAGAGAUUGCUGAAUCUGUGUCAAAUCUAACACGCCUGAGAAUACUAGAUCUUUGCUUUAAUAAUUUUACCUCUCUCGGUCACUCAAAUGUGUCACUACCCCAAAACCUCACUACGCUAUAUAUAUGUAGAAACAACCUGUCUACAUUAGGAUGUAACCAUUGGUUUUUCAGCUUCAUCCAGCUACUAGAUUUGUCAUACAAUCCUAGGCUUCCUACAGAGGCUUUUCAAGGAAUGGAUUUAAGGAAUGUAAAGUAUCUGCGCCUACGUUCAACAAGUGUCAAGAUAAUAGAGUUUUUAAACAUGAGCAACAUCUAUGCAGGCCAUGUUGAUUUCUCUAACACAGGUCUAAAAAAUGACAGUCUGCUCAUGGGGCUGUGCAGACUGUUAAAGAGAAAGGUGAAAGUGAUUAGAAAUUUGAACUUGGUGAGUAAUGAGAUUCAGAAUAUAACAAAUGAUGCACUGCGCUAUUGUCCUAAGAUCAAGGUGGCUUUGGAUCUAUCCCGCAAUGAACUGAAAAGUGUUGAUUGUCUUAACUUUCUCAAGGAUCAGAUAGAUAUAAAAGGCUUUAGUGCAGAACAUAACCAUCUCACCGGCCUUCCAAAAUGUAAAACACAAAAUAUGGUUUAUUUUAAAAAACUGGAAGAGGUGAGCUAUCGUUACAACCGCAUCCUUUCAGUUGGCUCUCAUGCUUUCUAUCAUACACCAAAUAUUAAGACUUUAAAACUUAACAUAAACACAAUUGCUUAUCUUGAUCUUGAAGCUUUCAAAGGUUUAAAAGAGCUUGAGACUCUUCGUUUGGACAAUAACCUCUUGACUGAUCUGUUCAAGAAGACAUUUGAAGAUCUUCACAGCCUACAAGUCCUUAACCUACGUAACAACCGUAUUUCAGUCAUUUUUAAUGAGACCUUCUUCAAUCUCAGGAAUCUGACUACACUGGACCUAGGAGGUAACAAGAUUACUUAUUUUCAACCAUCUGGCCUUAAUGGACUAAAACGUCUGUCCAAAUUCUAUCUAGAUGGAAACAAUCUUAAAACAAUUGACACUUCCCACUAUCGCGAAUUUCAAAACACUCUAACAGUGCUGGAUUUAAAAGGCAAUCAGAUUUGUUUUCGCACUGGAAAAUUCACUUUUUCACCAUUUGUGAAUUUCAGAAAACUCAGUGAUCUGAAACUAGAUGCGCAGCAGCCACACGGCCUCACCGCUAUACCCCGCAAUUUUUUCCGUGGCCUCUACUCGCUGAAAUCUUUGUAUCUCACCAACAAUAAGAUCUUUCAUCUUCCUCCUGAUGCCUUUGAUGAUCUGACAGAGUUACGUUUCCUCUCAUUGGAUGACUGCUGUGUUGGGGUGACACAACUAGAGCCUGGAGUUUUUAAAAAUCUAAGAAAUUUGACCAAGUUGGCUGUAGAAAAUAUUGGCAUUCAGAAUUUCUCUAAGGAGGUUUUUGGGAAUCUUACAAAGUUACGCACAAUGCAGCUCAACCACAAUGUGAUGCAGAGCAUCGAUGUUGAUGCACUGCAAAGUUUAACUAAACUCCACUAUCUUGACUUACGUAAUAUUCCUUUAAGCUGCACCUGCGAGAACACCUUGCUGAGAAAUUGGACAGUUCAUAACCCAAAUGUCCAGGUGGUCUAUCUCUACAGUCUGAGUUGCCCACACAAUCCAGGACACAAAUUCUACAACUUUGAUAGCAAGGUUUGUUUCAUAGAUCUAGGAAAGUACAUGUUCUUAAGUACAGCAAUUGUGAUCUUUUUGUUCACAGUCACUCCUUUACUUUAUGUCAAACUCUACUGGAAAAUGAAGUACGGCUACUAUGUGUUCCGCUCCUGGUUUAGUGAGCAGUGGCGCAGACUCAGAGAUGAGGAGGAAAAUUGCAAAUAUGAUGCGUUCAUUUCCUAUAAUUCCUCUGACGAACAAUGGGUCAUGGACGAGUUGCUGCCCAACCUAGAGGGAAAUGGAUCGUCUUUUAAACUUUGCCUACAUCACAGGGACUUUGAGCUGGGCCGUGAUAUUGUGGACAAUAUCGUCUCUGCUGUGUAUGGCAGCCGGAAAACUAUUUGUGUGGUGAGCAGAAAUUUCCUAAAAAGUGAGUGGUGUUCUCUGGAAAUCCAACUGGCCAGCUACAGACUGUUUGAUGAGCACCGGGAUGUUCUCCUGCUCGUGUUUCUGGAGCCAAUCGCUGAAAGGCACUUGUCGUCCUAUCACCGCAUGAGGAAAAUCAUGUUAAAGAAGACUUAUCUGCAGUGGCCUGGCUUAGACUGCACUGACCCAACUCAGGCCCAAGACCUAUUUUGGAAUCAGCUACGUAGGGCAAUAAGAACGGGGAGUAGGCUGGAAACGGUGGAAACUUAUGAAAGCGAUAAACGUGUAACUGAAGAAACUGAAGAUCAGAUGAAGGUGAUUGAGACAUCAGAUGAAAACUUUUACUUGCAACCUUGAAACAGAGGGUCAUGAAAAUAUGCUCUAAAUGUAGUGUGAUGCAUUUUAAGACUAAUAACCUAUACAAGCAUGAAUCAGACAUUUAAUAUAUUGUGCUCAGUUUAUUGUAUAUUUAGCAAUGAUAUUGCAUGUCUCUAUUGCACAAUUGUACAAAUGUAUUUUCUUGCAUUUAAAUUUAGCCCCCCCACACACACACAACAAAAUAUCAAACAGCUUUCACAAUAGGGUAUUGUUAGCUAAAAUUCUUUAACAAAGAUGUGUUAAUAUACAAUUCUGCAUAUUAAAAAUGCUCCAUGGAGGCAAACAAUA